AUUCGGGAGGGUCAUCAGACAGCCAGAUUCUUUCACACCAGCGAGGUGUUAUUGUGCAGAAGGACAAACGUGUGUGAAGUUAUGUGACUCCAGAACAAAGGACAGAAGAGCAGGACGAAUUUAACACGUUCCACAAGAGAAGAACAACAGAAGGAUGAAAGAGGGGCGCCCCCCUUCAUCCAGACAUCCCUCCUGGAGCUGACAACUAAUGAGAAAAGUUCUUCUUCUGCCUGAAUGGACUUUUAUUGUAAUUUCCCUACAACAUCUGAUUGUUUCCAAUAGGACUGGAUUGAGGAAAUGAGACUUUGAGUGAGGAACUCUAACAUCUUCUUAGAACGAGAGGACUGUCAAACCCGUUACAGGAGAGACAGAAGAGCACAUAAAAAGAAAGCAGAGAUGCUGCGCUACCUGAUAAAGACGCUUCUACAGAUGAAUCUGUUCACCGAUACCAUCCGGGAUGCCACCAACGGAACCGAUCUGUUCUUCAACAUCUCCUCUAUCCCAUCAUUCAACUCGUCUCUGCUGGACUGGGCUAACUUCACUGGUCUCAAUGGAUCUCGACCGAGGCUGGAGGAUGCCGCACCACGGAUUGUUGAACACCCCUCAGACCUCAUUGUUUCCAAAGGCGAGCCCGCCACUUUGAACUGUAAGGCCGAAGGUCGGCCGACCCCUGUGGUGGAGUGGUACAAAGAUGGUGAGCGAGUCGAAACGGACCGUGAGGAUCCACGCUCCCACCGCAUGCUCCUACCCAGUGGUUCCCUUUUCUUUCUCCGGAUCGUUCAUGGAAGGCGAAGCAAGCCGGACGAAGGGGUGUACGUGUGUGUAGCAAGAAAUUACUUGGGCGAGGCCGUCAGCCGUAAUGCCUCUUUGGAGGUCGCAAUUCUCCGGGAUGAUUUCCGACAGACCCCCAGUGACGUGGUGGUGGCAGCAGGGGAGCCGGCAGUGAUGGAGUGCAUCCCUCCACGAGGACACCCAGAACCCACUAUCUCCUGGAAGAGGAACAACGUGAAAGUGAACGACAAGGACGAGAGGAUAACGAUCCGUGGUGGGAAGCUGAUGAUCUCAAACACAAGGAAGAGCGAUGCAGGAAUGUAUGUGUGUGUCGGCACUAAUAUGGUUGGAGAGAAGGACAGUGACCCUGCUGAGCUUGUAGUUUUUGAGCGGCCCAUGUUUGUACGCAGACCUGUGAAUCAGGUGGUCCUUGCCGAUGACACAGUGGAUUUUCAGUGUGAGGUUCAAGGAGACCCCACUCCUACCAUACGCUGGAGGAAAGAGGAAGGAGAACUGCCUCGGGGAAGGUUUGAGAUCCGUGCCGACAACAGUCUACGUCUUACUCAGGUAAAAGCUGAAGAUGAGGGCUCGUACACCUGUUUAUCGGAGAACAGCGUGGGCAAAGCCGAAGCAUCCGGAACACUUCAGGUCCACGUGGGCCCAUCUCGUAAGUACCAUUCCAUUUCAUUUCUCUGCAUGUGUGUGGUUGUGCGUCAGGUUUUGGAGGUUGUAAUUGCUUGUGACAGGGUUAAGACCCUGUGCUGGCCAUACAUUUGUGCCAAAGUCUUCCGCAUAAAAGGAUGAUUCAAAAAUACGACAAUUUUUAUUUAUUCACCCUCGUGUCAUGUUGUGUCCUUCUUCUGCAAAUCACAAAAGAAGGCAUUUUGAAGAAACUGUUUCUGUCCAUUCAAUGAAAAUCAGUGUGGUCCAAAACAACACUGAAACGUAUUUACUUUCAUUGUAUGGAAAAAAUUAAAUCUGUUGUAGUUUGCAGAAUUAAGAACUUUAUACAGGUUUGGAAUAAUUACGGAAUUCUGUUUUGGUUGAAAUAUCCCUCUACAUACAAAAGUAAUGAGUUUCUAUUCUAGUGCAGCUCAUUAACUUUGAGCAGUGAUACUGGUUUUCUGUUAAAAAUGGCAUCGAAAAUGCAGUCUUUUGACUGCUGUGGAUGUUCUUUACUGAGGAGAGUUACAAAAGGUCAUUAUCUAGCGCAGUGCAGGAGUGACCUCAGUCCUUUCACUCCAGACAGUGAGAAAAGCAUGAUCAGAUUACAGACACUGAAUAAGAGGUCCUCUGCUCCGAAGCUUUGAACAUUACCACUGUAGUACCCAUAAUGCAUUAGUGGAUGUAAGAUCUAGAAGAUCUGAGGGAUCUGGAACUGAUUUUUUCCACAAUGGUUUUGUGCUGUGUGGGCCAGUCAGUUAGCUAGAACAACUCCAUAUUGUCAGAAGAAACCUCUUGUGUUUGGCUUUGAAGCCCUGCACUAAGCCCACAAUCGUUUUACCCUUAAAAGUGUUCAUAAAUAGCAUAAAAUGAACACUCUCACUUUGGGCUUUUUUAGAAAUUGAAUUGUAUGCCCCUUGCUUUGUUUUUCUUGCGAGAGCUGUAUUUAACUCAAGGCACAAUGAGGAGUACAGAUAUGUUAUUUCUGUCAAGGAAAAACACUGCUUUUUCACAAGGGGGAACAACUGAUGCUGACAGGGCACUUCAGUGUUAGCCAGACAGACAGACAGAAUGAAAGAAAGGCAAGCAACGGGUAAAAGGAAACCGUUCCCUGCAGGGUGGAAGUUGUCAUACAGCCCGGCUUGGGUCUUUGGUGCUUUUCUUUUUUCUUUUGUUAGUUGUGUCUUGUAUGAAUUACUAAAUGGAAGUGUUUUUUUUUUUGUUGUUUUUUGUUUUUUAAGCCUGACAUAAAAUAUACAAAACCUAGUGAGCUGCCCACCUAUACACAACGUUUUUAAGCAAAGAAAUCCAUGUCAAAGCUGUUAAAAACAGUACCUUAAAACCCAUCUCUUGCAUCUUUAUUUGGCCCUCUAACUUUAGCACUCACUAUUCUUAUUCUACGUUUAAGCUAACAGAGACUUGUUAUAGCACUUAUAUAUCACUGAU